AGCUCCAGUUAAAUAUGGUUGCAUUGAUUUGGCCAGCGCGCGCCUGGGGGAGUGUCGAGAGAAGUCAGCUUCACAGCCAGUGUUUCUUCAUCCUGUUAUAUCUAAAGUUUAACAUAGCCUGAUCGGAGAUUCUGUUAAGAAAAAGACAAGAAUUUCCAGAUAACACAGAACAUUUUUGAGUGUAAACUGAGGUGAGGAUAGGCUCAAACACAUACGCCAAGAAGAGCUCUUUAUUUUGCUGAAACAGCGCACGUCAACAGGCGAGUGCAUAGGCCCAUCGACUUGUGUACCGCCGCAACACGUAGCCUCUGUCGUGUGAUCAGAGUACCUCUGUCACGUAUGUACUGCAAACAGGUGAGAGGUUGGGUACUGAGGAGAUGCCAUUCUAGACCAGGUACCUAAAGAAGGAGAGACCAGAAACGACAGGAUGACGUUAGUAGUGUUUCAAGAAGGGGGUCAACAGCCAUCGACUUCAGGACACCAAUGCAGAGCAGGAGGAAACAGAAUGGCUAGUGCAGGACAGUCUUCAAAGCCAGAGAUGCACAGCAGGGCUGUGCAGACAGGCUUUCCUCACCCCUCUGAUAAUGCCAAUCUGCAUCACCCACACCAGCAACUGCCCAUCUGUAUCUGUGGGCAGGCUGGGGAGGGGAACUGUUGGUGUGAGAGCCUGGGGUUCCUGAAGGACCAGGAGUUAUGCAGGGUUGUCCUGCAGAAGGGAUGCCCAAGAUCUAGGUUUGCCGUCCUGCUCAGCAUGCAUGAGGAGUUCUGCAAAUCAGCCAGGGGAGAUCAGAUCAUCAAUACAAGGAGACGAGGAAGUGCCCAUGGAGACAUCAGGGUGAAGCGCUCUAAACUCGCACCACCGCCAACACUGCCACGGCCCAGAGCUCAAAGUGUGAUCGUCCAAAAAACCAGAGCUGCCAACAGGCUCAAUGAAGCAAACACCAAAAGAAGUCCUCAAGUAUCUGUGAAGCCAAAGAAAUCUGUGGAUCCUACUCGCCAAGGGCAACAAAAGCAAGAUGGCAAAGGAAAGUGUAGUGCCAGAGUCCUACCUAAGAAGGAUCAACAGUUUAAAAAAGAAAAAAAGUGCCUUGAAAAUCAUGCAUUGUCAAAUGGCACUGCAUCCAAAAAGGAGAGCAGUGUUGCUGAAGAGGGAGGUAAUUUGGACCAAACUAGCUAUGUGUCUAAGGCAUGGCUGUUAUUUACAGGGUGUGAGAAUGGGAAGAAAACCAAAGAUUCUGAAGGAUCAAAACCUGAAGCAUUGUGUGAUGAUCAUCAUCAUAACAAGGAAUCUAUUAAAGGUUGUUCUAGUUCUGUCUCUGACACUAAGAGAUUGAAUAACCAAGCAGCUCAUCUUGAAGGGUCCUCCCAAAACGAUAGGAAAAAAGAUGCAGAAAAGGUUAAUAGGAUCACUGGACUUAGUGUAAGCUCGAAGAGAAAAGUCACAAACAAAUCUGAAUCAACCUCAACGUCAACUGAAAACUCAAACAAAUAUGCCAACCGUUUGAAAGGGAGAAGAUCAGACAGUGAAUCUCUGCAAACAUCCGACGUAGCACAAAGAGGUGGAAAGCCUGAUUUCAGUGAUGAGUGUGACCGCACUGCCCUCUUGGACAGUGUAACAAUAACCAGUGAUGAUGAAACUGAGACUAGUGUCUCUGGAGCAUGUCGUCUUGAUGCGCAAGAUGGUAUCAGCGAGGGAGAACUGUCAAUGUUUGCUUCCUCAACUCUAGGAGACCCUUGCAUGUCAUUGAUGAACAGGAAUAUAAAAGAUUUGGACCACAGCUCUGAGUUAGCUGGCAGCGAGCUGAAUGAAAGAUUAAAAGGCAAUUGGAAACUGGAUGGCUCCUUGACAAUACCUGUUAACGGAAGUGAUCAUGUGUCUUACCGGGAUAGUGGAAUAGGUAGUAGUGGGUCUGUUUGUGAAUCAAGACUCAGUGCAACUCACAGUGUCAUGGUAGAGGAUAAAUCUGAGUCAGAAGAUGGCAUGACCAAAGCAGAGGCAAAGAAUUGCCACAAGCCGGACUCUCUGUCAGUUGCCUUCAGUCCACCCCGUGCGUUCAAGGAGGGGGAAUGCAAUAUUCCAUCUGAGGGAACCAACAACUCACGGAUGGCACGCUCUUCUCUGCUCAGACCCGCACAAGGAAGUUCAUGUUCUGAAUCCACUCUGCAGGUCGAGGAUGAUUAUUUGCUUGGUGCAUGUGCAAUUGUGAAAAGGGACCAUUCUGUUUGCAAUGAAUCUAACUUAUCUUCGGAAAGAGAUGGAAUCCACACCACGUCCUCGAAAGACAAAGCUGUUCAGGGUAAUUGCCAGUCGCCUGCUGCCAAGGAAGAGGAUUUCUCUUUCAUUUCAUCUGUCAUCGUUAUUGAAGAUAAAGAAACAUCUGAACAAUGCCUUUCCAUAUCAGACAGUAAGUCAUGCAAGGUCGAAGGCUCUAGGCCAGUUGAUGCAGAGCAUUCACAUAUGGUACAGCUUCACAUAAAUGUAGAUCUCAAAGGAAAGCACGAUGCCCAAAAUAAAUUGAAGAAGGAUAAUAUAAUUUUGAAGAAAGGUGACAGAAUUGUACAUCCGAAAGUGAGCAAGAAGUCAGAGAAUGAACGAGCCAAAGAACGCAAACACCAGAGAACGAUGAACCCUCGCAAGGUUGGCAUCUUGAAGUAUCUCAUUUGCCAGAGCCCGCUCAUUCUAAGUGACUUGAAUGACAGUGACUAUGAAGAUUCAGAAAGUGAAUUGGAGGAUUUGUCAUACAACAAGGAAGAUCAAUUUGCCACGAUGCCAGUUGAGAUUGUCCUCAAAAUUUUCAGAGAACUUCGCACACGUGAUCUUUCUCAGCUCAAGUUCACCUGCAAGAACUUUUACUGGCUGAUCACAAGGUUCAACAUUAUAGGAGUUGACUCCAAGUGGGUGGAGAUGGACUCGUACCGCAACGACCCCUGCAUGCAGUGCGGUAAGGUGAGGGACAGACGGGGCGAUGUUUCGCUUUGCUACUGGCAUCCCAAGUACUACUAUAGAACAGGGAACGGACGACACCACUGGACAUGCUGCCUCAACACCAGCAAGGAUGCUCCAGGAUGCUGUGAAGGUCUCCAUGACAACAAGUGGACGACUUCUAAGGUGAUGAAGCGAAGCAUCCCUCGGCAGUGGAGUAGUAACAUGUGGCAUCUCUGUCCUCACAAGGUCAACAUGGAGCCAUGAAGGCAUCUCUGCCCUCACAAGGUUAACAUGGAGCCAUGAAGGUAUCUUCUUUUUGUCUUAUGCUUCAUAUCAUCUCUUUGGAUCCAAAAGGGUGAUAAUUCUGCGUAAAAUUGUCUGAGUUAUCGCCCUUCUGGCUUCAAACGGACGGUAUCAUCUGCUACAAACCAUACAGGCAUUGAUUAUUUCAUCUCAUUAAUAUUGAGUUUAAUAUUGCCCGUUUGGUUCUGAGCAGAUAACAUUAUCUACUUACUGUACGUAGUUCUAACAUAUCUUCAGGCCAGCUCAUGGCCUUGUAACUACUCACUCUCAGGAAAACUGGAAAAGUCGCUCCGCUAUGACACAAAUAGAUUACAUAUUUCACUCUAAAUGCAGACUAUUUAUAUGAAGGUUAAACUCAUUUUGUUCAGCCAUUUUCAAUUUCUCGUCUUUUCCAGGUUGGAAAGACAUUUUAUACUGCCCUCUUUGUCCACAUAUGGGUCUUUCUCUAUGUUGUGCGAGUCUAUUUUUUUUAAAACUUUAAACUUUGUGUAAUUUACACUGCACACGUCCAUUCUGAAUGCCACAUUGCCUUUUAUAUAUCAACUCAUGUUAUUAAUGUAUGUUUGUAAACAUACUUAUGAUUGUAAAAGAUUUGUAAAACUUGUAAGAUUGUCAACAAAUGGAAAAUCCCAUUAGAAACGUACAUGUGAAGUAUGUGAUAUGUUUUUAUUUUAUAGAUUUAACUGUUUAAUGUUAUUUUGAAGAGUUUUAUUUUUCAUUUGUUUGCUUUCUUGUAUA